AAAGUCUUCGUGCGUGUUUAAAAAUUAAAAAGCAGUUAUAUGCGAAGUUUGUAUACCCUUCAGUUAAUACAAAAAACUAAAGUAAUAAAUGAAAUAAUCAUUUGAAAAUCGAAAAGUACAUCGGUCUUGGUGAAGCUUUCUAAUUGUUUUAAAAUCAUUAUCUUUAAGAGAUUUCUAAUGGCUAUGAAUCAAUUUCAUAUAUAGUAAUAGAGUUUGGACCAUAGAAAGGGUACCUCUUACAAGGGUAAAGAAAAGCUAAACCAAACAGGGUUGGCGAAUAUGGAAAACAUCGCAUUGGGGACAGAAUACAGUCGGUUUUUGGUUGUCAACAAGCGGCUGGUGGUAAACACCCGAAUUAGCGCUUUCUAAGAUUGCUUAUCAAAUAAACUAACGCUGUUUGGGGGGGCAGAGGCUGCCGGGGCCAAUGUCGCCAUUGAACAAAUACAAGACAUAUCACUGGGAGGCCACAUAAAUCACAAAUAAAACAGAUUUACCGGAUUAGCAAGAAGCAGAGCUAAGAAGCUAGAGAUUGGUUUGGAUUUACUUCAAAACGAAACAAGUGUUUUCCUUUUUUUUUUAACGAUUACAUAAUCAUGCGCUUGCUAAGGCGCAGCUGGACGGGAUUGCUCCAACAGAGGCACUGCCAUCAGCAUCACCGGCGUUUUCUGGUCACAACCAAUCGUGGUAACAAUGGCGAAAAGGAGGAGCAACAGCAAUACAAAUGGAGUUCUCCAUCCAGCAGAUCAGAGCAAAUGCUAUACGCCGCCUUUUGGGCAGGUGGCUUAACCCUAGGCUACCAUUGGUUAACCAAUAGGAACAACCUUGUGCUACUCGAGGAGCAGAAAGUUUCAAGCGAAGAGGAAAAGGAGGGGAAGGCCCGACUCUGGCAUAUAACCGUCAGAAAGGAACUUCCCACCUACAAGGCCGACCAAGUGGAGCAGCACAAUAGCCCUGAGAAUCGCAUUUGGGUCACCUACGGCCUGGGCGUAUAUGAUGUGACGGACUUUGCCGAGAAUCAUCCGGGUGGUGAUAAGAUAUUGAUGGCUGCCGGCAGUGCCAUCGAUCCCUUUUGGGCCAUCUACCAGCAGCACAAUACAUUGGAGGUUUUGGAACUUUUGGAGGGCUUUCGGAUUGGUAAUUUGGAGGGUCAACUAGUGCAAAAUGUUGACGAUGAGCUGGGCUCACCCUGGGCGCAGGAGCCGCAACGUCACGCCCUGCUCAAGCCGGCCUCCAAGAGACCCUUCAACGCUGAGCCACCCAUUGGCCUUCUGGCUGAGCAGUUUUACACGCCCAACGAUCUUUUCUAUGUCCGCAACCACCUGCCAGUGCCUGUGAUCAGUUCGGAGGAUUACGAGCUAGAGAUCGAGGGAGGUGGGAAGGAGAAGACACUGAAUCUGGAAAGUAUAAAAGCCCUACCGAAGCAUUCGGUAACGGCGGCCAUCAUGUGCGGAGGAAAUCGACGUUCCGAGAUGACCAAAGUUAAGGCCGUAAAGGGUCUUUCGUGGGGCGCCGGUGCAGUGGGCAACGCCAAGUGGUCAGGAGCUCGCCUGUGCGACGUUCUUAAGCAGCAGGGUGUACAGCCAGACGAGGCAAAGCACGUGAUCUUCGAGGGUGCCGACUUGGAUCCCACUUCCCACCCGUACGGAGCAUCGAUACCGCUCGCCAAGGCUCUGGACCCCCGGGGAGACGUCAUCUUAGCCUACGAGAUGAACGAUGAACCACUGAGCCGCGAUCAUGGCUAUCCCAUCCGGGUUAUUGUACCCGGCACUGUGGGUGCCCGCAAUGUCAAGUGGCUAACGAGGAUCGUGGUAGCGGAUAAGGAAUCCGACUCACACUGGCAGCAGAACGACUACAAGGGCUUCAGUCCCAGCACCGAUUGGGAUACGGUGGACUUCAGCAAGUCGGAUGCCAUCCAGGCCAUGCCAGUGACUUCAGCCAUUUGUACACCGCAGCCAGGAUCGAGGGUGAAAGUGGACGAUGACGAGGGACACAUCACGGUAAGAGGAUACGCGUGGAGCGGCGGUGGCAGAAAGAUUGUACGGGUGGACCUAACCAACGAUGAAGGUAUAAGUUGGCAUGUGGCAGAACUGGAGCAAGAAGAUAUACCCGAUGGCAGGCACUAUGGCUGGUCCUUGUGGACUGCUCGACUGCCCGUUUCGGAAGCCCAAAGGAAAGCCGGAGGCGUGGAAAUCUGGGCUAAGGCCGUCGACUCGGCGUACAAUGUGCAGCCGGAAAAGUUCGAGCACAUAUGGAAUCUGCGUGGCGUCUUGGCCAAUGCCUAUCACAAAGUCAAAGUCAAGAUUAUCUAAAGUGAAGGGAUAACUCAAAUAGAACGAGCAUAGGAACUGGAAAUUGUCUAAAAACAAAAUAAAGAAUUGAUUUUUUAAAGGUAAAA